AUGACCUUCACCGCCUUACCCCACCCGCCUUCAACAUCUUCGGUCCCAGUCGUCUCACCGUCCAACCGCAAGAAAGUGUGCAUCAUCGGUGGAGGAGCUUCGGGUCUCUCCUUACUCCCACUCGCAUUGGAGCAAGACCUCGUACCGACGCUCUACGAGGCCAAAGACUCGACGGGCGGUGCUUGGGUCCUCGAUCCCGAACCGGGACGACCUCACUUCCAUUUCGACUCGGAAGGUUCACUCGAUAGGAUCGUAGGCAGCAAAGGGGACGACUUCACACCCAUGUAUCCUGGAUUACGCGCCAACGUACCCGUAGUAAGCUCGACCGCUCCAGCCAGGCUUCCGUCCUUUCGUCACGAGCUCAGGACUGACCCUUGCAUUCAUUACAUCCAGUCAUUAAUGCAAUACAGAGGUCAGCCAUUCAAAAAUCAUGUGGUGAGCAGUCUUCCUCACCACAAACUGAGCUUCCGGCAUAGCUGACGUCCGGAAACGACUUUCUCCCUCUCUCUCUUCGUUCCCGACCCACACAGCCCCUGUUCCCCGCGGCGUCCCAUGUCGCCGACUAUCUCCACGACGUCGCCUCGGGAUAUUCUCAAUACAUCAAAUUAUCACACCGGGUCGCCUCUCUGAGAUACACGACCCCCGAAGAUGGCGGUGAACAGCUGCGAUGGCUCGUCCAAGUCUCGACCCAGAACGUUCAUUCGGUAAAUCCCGAGGCGAUGUCUGAGAGGGUCCGAAGCGAAAGGUGAAAGCCGAUGCUGAUGCAUUCUCCCAAAUGUUCACAUCUCUCUUUUCAGACUGAACAGUAUGAUUUCGUCGCAAUAGCGAAUGGACACUACUCGAAACCGUACGUACCCUCGAUCGAAGGACUGCACACCUUCACAGGCGAUCUGUGGCACUCAAAAUGGUGGCGAAAGGCUGAAGAGUUUGCCAAUCAGGUAAGCUACAACGCGCUUUCAAGUUUUGGGGCAACUUGAAUCAUAACCCAGCUCCCUUUCAAUCCUCGUAUAGACGGUCUUGGUGGUUGGCAACGGAGCAUCGGGCUUCGAUGUCGCUCGUGAACUUGCCGAGUCCCUCUCGGAACGACGGACAGCGGAUCCCUCAGCAGCUCUGCCACGGCUUUAUCAAUCGUCGAGAUCGAUAUCACCUGUCUAUGGUACUGUCGAUGCUGAUGCUGCACCUGGCUGGUGGAAUGAGAUCGCUCAAGUGCCUGCGAUCAGGAAGAUCGAGGGCAGCCGGAUCGAGCUCGAGGAUGAGUCGAUUCUCGAGGACGUCGAUGUUAUGUGAGUGAAGCAGUCGCGCCUUCUCAAAGGACAAUUGACAUGAAUCUGAAGCCAUUGCAAUUCUAUCACAUUCCCACAGUAUCUUCGCAACAGGUUAUUACCUCGCAUUCCCCUUCUGCUCCCCUACCCACGAGCCCUUCGCUUCUCACCCUCUGACCAAGGCGCCGGAAGGAGGUCUGAGAGUACACCAUCUCGACGAUCGAGAUCUGUUCUAUCUGCCCGAUCCCACGCUCACUUUAGUGGGUCUCCCGUAUCUGGUGAGUUUGAGACCCUGAUCGUCUAUACAUCACAAGAUGUUGGCCCCUUGAGCUCCCGUGAUAACCUAUCAUCCGAUUCACAUUUCCAGGUCCUGCCCUUCUCCCUCGCGCAAAUUCAAUCUCUCCUUACAGCCCACCACUGGUCCUCCUCUCAUCCCCCACUCCAAAUACUUCCCGGCGUUCCUGAAUCCGAACCCGAAGAUCGCAAACUCCUUGUCUACGGCCAUCCCAAACAAUUCGAUCGUCAUGAUCAAUGGCUCCUCGAAAUGGGGAAAGGGGCGAACCUCCCUGAUGAUGCAUUUUGGUGCAAGACUCCUGCAGCGAUGAGGGAUUUGAGGGUGGGAGGGAGGGCGUUGAGGAAAGGGGUGUUGGGCUAUUGA